UUAGCCCUUCUCUUGCUCCUCUCUUAUCUCCAACGUUUAGCCGUAAACAAAAGGGGCGUAACGCGUGCAUUUAGGAUAUUAUUUAAAAAGGAUGGAUGUACCGGUAGAAACUAUAGAAAAAGCAUGCAAAGAUAUACUGAAAGAAAUAGACAUUGACACGGUUUCGGUCGGUACUUUUCGCUCUAAAAUAGAGGAAACUUUAAAUAUAAAAAUUCCUGUAGAGCAAAAGCAUCAGAUAACUGAGAUCAUAACGAGGGUUAUACAAACGACGCAAGCAGGCGCAGAAGGCCUAGAGAGCGGAAACUCCGCUAUUGAAAGUGAUUCUGACUCUAUUUCAAAGGUAAAUUCAAAGAUUCCUAAAAUCAAAUCGGCUAAAAGAAAAGAUGCUUCCAAUAAUAAAAGUCAAAAGAAAUCUGCCAAGCCGAAUAAAAAGCCGAAGAAGGAAGAUGUAGAAAAGAAACCUCGUAAGCCCGGCCCUCCCGUACUCGUUUCAGAUUCUUUAAAAGCAGUUAUUGGAGUGGACGAAUGCCCCCGAACUGAAGUAAUCAAAAGGAUUUGGCAGUAUAUAAAAGAAAAUAACCGUCAGGAUCCAGAAAAUAAAAAAUUUAUAAUUUCGGAUUAUAAAUUAAAAAAAGUUUUUGAUGGGAAGGAUCGCAUUGAUAUGCUUUCUGUGGCAAGGCACGUUAAUAAGCACGUUACCAAGAAAGAAUGAUUGGCUUCUCUUGAAUGAAGUUACAUUUUUUUAAAAAUAAAUAAAA